GCCGCGGCAGCCACCCUGCAGCCGCCGGUCGGAGGCGCGGUCCCUAGGCCCUAGAGCGCGGACGAGCCCCUGGGGUGUCGGCGCCUUGUCCGCAGAGCUGCCAGGCUCGUCCCUGCCCGGCGCGGGAGGCGCAGAGCAGAACCCCUGAUGCCUGGAGAGUUGAGGAGUGCCUUUGCAGACAGAAAGAAAAAAUACCAUCACUGACCAUUCCGAAUGUUGAAGGUGAUGAAACAACAGGAACAAAGUAUGCCGGGCAGUGGGAUGACACAGUUUAAAGAGCAGUACUGCCCUUUCCAGAAAGUGGAAAAAGGGAAAUUGCAAAAUAGAUAUCUCUGGUGAUCUUGAAAGAGCCUGUAUCAUGGAAUCGAUCUCUAUGAUGGGAAGCCCUAAGAACCUUAGCGAAACUUUUUUGCCUAAUGGCAUCAAUGGUAUCAAAGAUGCAAGGAAGGUCACUGUGGGUGUCAUUGGAAGUGGGGAUUUUGCCAAAUCGCUGACGAUUCGACUUAUUAGAUGUGGCUAUCAUGUGGUUAUAGGAAGUAGAAAUCCUAAGUUUGCUUCCGAAUUUUUUCCUCAUGUGGUAGAUGUCACUCAUCAUGAAGAUGCUCUGACAAAAACAAAUAUAAUAUUUAUUGCUAUACAUAGAGAACAUUACACCUCCCUGUGGGACCUGAGACAUCUGCUUGUGGGUAAAAUCCUGAUUGAUGUGAGCAAUAACAUGAGGAUAAACCAAUAUCCAGAAUCCAACGCUGAAUAUUUGGCUUCAUUAUUCCCAGAUUCCCUGAUUGUCAAAGGCUUUAAUGUUGUCUCAGCUUGGGCACUUCAGUUAGGACCUAAGGAUGCCAGCCGGCAGGUCUAUAUAUGCAGCAACAAUAUUCAAGCUCGACAACAGGUUAUUGAACUUGCCCGUCAGCUGAAUUUCAUUCCUGUUGACUUGGGAUCAUUAUCAUCAGCCAGGGAGAUUGAAAAUUUACCCCUGCGACUAUUUACUCUCUGGAGAGGGCCAGUGGUGGUAGCCAUAAGUCUAGCCACGUUUUUCUUUCUUUAUUCCUUUGUCAGAGAUGUGAUACACCCAUAUGCUAGAAACCAGCAGAGUGACUUUUACAAGAUUCCUAUUGAGAUUGUGAAUAAAACCUUGCCCAUAGUUGCCAUUACUUUGCUGUCCCUGGUAUACCUAGCAGGUCUCCUGGCAGCUGCGUAUCAGCUUUAUUACGGCACCAAAUAUAGGAAAUUUCCACCUUGGUUGGAGACCUGGUUACAGUGUAGAAAACAGCUUGGAUUACUAAGUUUUUUCUUCGCUUCGGUCCAUGUUGCCUACAGCCUCUGCUUACCAAUGAGAAGGUCAGAGAGAUACUUGUUUCUCAACAUGGCUUAUCAGCAGGUUCAUGCAAAUAUCGAGAACUCUUGGAACGAGGAAGAAGUUUGGAGGAUUGAAAUGUAUAUCUCCUUUGGCAUAAUGAGCCUUGGCUUACUCUCCCUCCUGGCAGUCACCUCUAUCCCUUCAGUGAGCAAUGCUUUAAACUGGAGGGAAUUCAGUUUUAUUCAGUCUACGCUUGGAUACGUUGCUCUGCUCAUAAGUACUUUCCAUGUUUUAAUUUAUGGAUGGAAACGAGCUUUUGAAGAAGAGUACUACAGGUUUUAUACACCACCAAACUUUGUUCUUGCUCUUGUUUUGCCCUCAGUUGUAAUUCUGGGUAAGAUCAUUUUACUCCUUCCAUGCAUAAGCCGAAAGCUAAAGAGAAUUAAAAAAGGUUGGGAAAAGAGCCAAUUUCUGGAAGAAGGUAUUGGAGGAGCAGUUCCUCAUCUCUCACCAGAGAGGGUUACAGUAAUGUGAUGAUAAAUGGUGCUCAUUGAUGCCAUAUAGAAUUCUGCUCAUGCCAUUAUUUUUAUGACUUCCUUUAUGUUCAUUUGCAAGUGCAUUGUCAAAUUGACGUGGGCUGAAAUCCUUACAGUAAGAUCUCAAUCAAAUUAGUGGCAGAACUUUCUUGAAAUUAAUUUUCACAGAGAUCAAUUUUGGCAAUAUGAAUUUUUGUGGUCAACUUAUAUGUUUUGUUUUACACAACCAUAACACUCUUGUUAUUUUAAUAAACUGUAUUCCAUAAUCAGGCAAAAAUAUUUAUGGCGAAUAAUAUAGAUAUAACCUAAUGUUAAAAAAACUUUACAAACCAGCAGAAUUUUAAGUGUUAAUAUAAUUGAAUGGAUGCAUUUUGUUUUCCUGAAGCUUACUUAAGGUUUUAAUUGUCAUCCAGCUUAAGAAAUAGAAACACAUAAUCAUACAUUAACUUUAAGAAAGGACAUGUGACAUUAGCAUCUAGGUAAGGGUGAAUGGUAACAUUCCUAUAUUUUUCUCAUAAGAUAGGAUUUGAAGAAUGUAAUUAAUUGUAUGAACCAGUGUGCUUUGUGAACAAACACAAAUUAAAAAAAACAAAUUGAAUCUGACGUAUUUGAAAUGCAAAGGAGACAUGAAAUACAUACUGAUAAUAUGUACCUUAUGAAAGAUUUCAUUCCUUAUCUUUUUACAGAGCAGUUUCAUUUGCAUAUUAAUAUGUUGAUUUGGGAGAAGACCGUGAUAUUUGGCUUCCAAAACUGAUUUUUCUACUAUAGUACCAAUCCAGGGAAUCUUACAGUUGUUUCUAGUGACAGGGAGGGUAUUAAGUUUAUACACAAGGGGUUGUUUGUCAGCUGAUCUAUGUUGUUGUACAUUAGCCAGUCCCCACUCUCUCUGGUAUAUGACUUUAUUGAUGUUCACUGAGGGAUUAUAAUAUGCCAGGCACUGUUCUAAGCACUUUACUCGUACUGUCCCGUCUAAUAUUUACAACUCCAUGACAGAGGUUGUUAUAUCCUCAUUUUACAUAGGAGAAAACAGAAGGACAGAAAAGCAAUUUGCCCAAGGUCACACAGUUAGUAAGAGCCAGAGCCAGCAUUUAAUAUGUAGACAGUCAUAUUUCCGAGGCUAUGGUUUUAACCACUAGGCUAAUGGCCCCUGCUCCAUCCUUAUGCAUUCAUUACCAUCAUGAUGCCAAUCUAGAUGCUUCCUCUUUUGUCAGUAAAGGCACUGACAUUCUUCACAGUGUGCUGUGGGUAUCAAAAAUAUAUGAAAAUAUUACAGUCAUAAAUUUAUGAUUGAUUGUGGGAUAAUCUACAGUUCCUCACCUUGCAAGAGGCUCUUGCUUGGGACCUGACCCUGGAGACCUAUGGCAGUCCAUAUGACCCUAUGCAGUGAGGGACUCCAGCAGGGUAGGACCAUAGCAGUUUUAACAAAUGGCUAAGGACCUGCAGAAUCUUAAAAGUCCCUGAAGAGUUGGUCAUCCCUUUUUUCUCUCCCUGAGAAGUCCUCCUGCCUGUUCAACCAUUCAUGAGGGAGCAGUUUGGAAGCAUGAAGGAUAUUAAGAAAAGUGGUUAAUUAUAAAUCUACUCUAGAGACAUAUAAUCAUACAAAUUAUUCAUAAAAAUUUUCAGUGCUGACACUCCACAUUAAAAUUGCAUUUUGUUCAAACUUUGAUUAGAAUGCCCUACAUUUUUUUCAUUUGUUCCUUCCUUAUUAAAAUAGAAAACUGCAGAUAAGAUACAAUUAUAUGCAUUAUGUAAUUAUAUAUCCUGAAAUUAUAACAUUUCUAAACUUAUACCCACUGAAGUACUACUGAAUGCAACUGCCAAAAUAAAAGUUCUAUUUAGUGGAGGCUACCUUUCCCAUCAUUGGCUCUUUCUCUCCUACUGCACCCUGUCAACUUGGUAAAUCACUCAUGAUUCUCUGGUGUUCUCUUCUUGGUGAAUUUUAGUAUCUUGUACUUCUUAACUGAGCUCUCCCUUUUUAAAAUUUUAAUUCUAUUUUUUCCCUCUUCAUAAUCACUUCCUUGCUAGUUUUUAGUAGGAACUACCUUGGGUGAUAACUUUUAAAGGGAAACACCCAUACACUGUUGUAGCACACUAGUGAAAUUAAUAGCAUAUUUUCAAUUUGUUCCUCAAGUUACCCUCUGUCAAGACCAUUGCUUUCACCAUUUAAUGUGAAAAUACAAUGAGACAUUUUUAAAAGCUAUAUGACUAUUGAAUUAUAUUGUUGCAUGUGUAUAUUAAGUAGCCAAUAAUAUAACACUAUUACAGAUAAAUGGGGCCUUGAAAAUGUGAAAAAACAAACUUUAUGAAAAUGUAUAUAGUAUAUAACUUUUGUUUCAAAUGAUAAAUUCUUCUUUUUCAGUACUACAAAGAUGAAAUAAUUUUGAAGUUUUAGAAUAAAUGUAAUAUAUGCAUUCUAAUUCUAAUUCUAAAUGUUUAAAAACCUUUCUAAUACUGCAAAAAUAUUGACUUUUAAUUUAUUUAUUUAAUUGACUCUUAAUUGCUUUAUUUUACCAUUUUCUACCUGAUUUUUUUUCCUUAAUCAUUAUUUCUCAUAAUCACUUUUCUUUUUUUUUAAUCAUUACUCUGGCCUCAGAAGUAGAACUGAAUUCUGCUCUUGCUAGAUGUGAGAAAGUGGUAGGAACUUUAGUAGGGGUUUGUAUUUUGAGAAGUGCCCCUGAGAAAAUUAUAAGAAUGUAGAAAAUAUACCCAGUCUUAAUCCUAUGCAAAAAAACUAAGUAAGUUUUUUCCUAACAGGGAAGUAAUCACGGGCUGAAUCAUGCUACUUAGCUUUUGUGUGCAGAUUUCAUAUGUCUCCUCUAUGAAGAAUAUUUAAAAUCAUGUUUAAAUAAGAAUAUAUUCAUGCUAACAUAUAUUUUUCAAAGCACAUAUGGAAAUUUAGCCCAGAUUGUCUACAUAUAGAGAUUUUUAUUUAAAUUUUAAAAUAUUUUAAGGUAUGAAGAAAUUAUAUUUAUAGGUAUUUAUGAGAUAAUUAUUUUCUGCUACAUACAGUAUUGGCUAGUGAACUCCGUUUUAAACUAUCUGAUUAAUUUCUUGUAAAUUAGCAUAAUCUUGACUUGAUUAAGGAAUUUUACUUUCAACAUUAAUUUGAUAAUAGCAAUUUAAGAUAUAUUCAUACUUUCAAAUUAUGAAAAUUACUUGUGUAAAAGGGCUUCAAGAAUAUCAUAUCUGAUUUUUGUAUUGUUUAUCUCUUACAUAAUAUGAUAAAAUUUUAAUUCUUUUUAAUUGCCUUUUGCCAUUAAACUAUUUCAUAAUAAAUUCUGUACAAAGAGUUUUUCCCCCAAAUAGAGGUUUAUUUGUGAAAUGUAAAGGUUUCUUAUGUGAUAUUUUAAAUAAAGUACCAUAAAUGUAACUCAUAAGUAUUUCUUUAGGAAUAUUAUAAACACUGAACCUGUGUCAGCCUAGAGAAUCUCUGUUUUGAAAUAAGUAUUCAAAUAGCCUAAAAUGUGGUGUUGAAAUUAUUUUGUGAAUUUUUGCCUAAAGCAUUGCUACCUGUGCUCAUGCCUUGAUCCAGUGUUAACAUUUCUAUUUGUGAUGUGUCAUCCUGAAAAUGAGAUGCUCUACCCUUAAUUGUUUAUAAGUGAGUAAAAAAAAUAUUCUGGUGGAUAUUCAGUAUAUGUAAUUGCUCUAAAUGAACAUGUACUGAUUUUAAUGGAAACACAGUCUGUUCUUACCUUUGAACAGUGGAUUUUAUAGGAAUGAAUGGGUUCUUUAAUUUUUUUAAAGCAAGAAAAUUAUAAAGUGCUAAUAAUCACAGAUUCUGUCCAUAUGAUACCAAAAACAGUAUUUUGGUUAGUUCAGCCUAACACACAAACAUACCGAGAUUUUUUUAACUUUCCAAAUCACUGGCUUUCUAUCAUGCAGUCAUACACAAUUAGAGCAGACUAUACAUAUAGGACUCUCCCCAUGGCUGGACAGGCUAAAUUAAAUCACUAAGAAAGGUGCUUUUUUUAUGACUUCAAAUUGUCAACUUCAAUCUUAAUUCUCUUAAGAUUUUCCUUGAAGGUCUUUCAUAGUUUUGCAGACAUUCAGCCUACACAGGGCCUGGAAGUUGUCUCCCAAUGUCUGGUUACCCUACUUCUUUAAAAGCUGCUGUCCAUCACAUUACUCAACUGCCCUGGCACUUGGGUGUAACAAUGAGACUGAGAGUUGGUCAGUGAGAUGUAGGGGCACUGUGGUUGACUUCCUGGAAGUCUCUUCAAAGAAAAGCAGCAAGUGUUAUCUUAUUCCUCCAUCUUGCUGCCGUAAUUGUGGAUACAAUAGGAGACCUGGCAAAAGUCUAAGAGGACCAAGGCCACACCCUAAGGAAAGCCUAUUAGAAACUAAAAAGAUCUUGACAACUUCUACUUCACUAUUUGACUCCCUCUGCCUGUAUUUAACUCACUGUGCAUUUGGGUUUCUUUAUAUGAAGUCAGACUAAUCCAUUCUGGUCUUCUGUUCUUUGUCAUGAUUCUAUUUAACACUGAAUGAACUAGACUGCAAUAAUUCUUAUCUUUAAAAGUUUUUCAAGGAUAAUGUGCAAUUCAAAUUGGAAUUGAUUUUCCAUUGUUAAUUAAUGAUACUCAUUUUCUUGCCUUUGAUCUUUCAUUUGAUAUUUUGUAUCUGCUUGGAAAAUAUUGUUUUCUUUAUAACUGUGUAAUAGCUAUUUGCUAAAACUCUGUAAUAGCUAAAAUAUCGCUAUCAAAUUACAUGCCAUUUUUUAUAUCAUUCUCAUAGAUCUGCCUUAUGAGCAUCUAAAUAAAAAGUAUUAUUUAAUGUG